AUGUUUUUUGUCUCUGUACCAACAGAACAGUCUUGUCCGAGUGGCCUAGUUUUCAAGUACAAUGUAAAAGCCUGUAAUAGUUCUUGCCGAUCAUUGUCAGAGAGAGAUAGGAGCUGUGAUGUAGAAGAUGUUCCAGUUGAUGGAUGCACCUGCCCUGAUGGAAUGUACCAGAAUAAUGAAGGAAACUGUGUUCAGAAAUCUCAGUGUGACUGCUAUAUAAAUGAUGAGGUCAUGCAACCAGGCAAACUCAUCCAUAUUGAUGACAAUAAGUGUGUCUGCCGGGAUGGACUUCUUCUUUGCCAGACUCCCAUUGAUUUAACCCUAAAAAAUUGUUCUGGAGGGGCUGAGUAUGUGGACUGCAGGGAUCCCAAGGCACAGAGGAGAACCGAGAGUACAUGUAGCACUCGGAACAUACCCGUUUUCAAUGAGGACUUGCCUUGCAAACGUGGGUGCUACUGUCCAGAAGGAAUGGUUCGAAAUUCUAAAGGGAUCUGUGUCUUUCCUGAUGAUUGCCCGUGCUCUUUUGGUGGACAAGAAUAUGACCAAGGAAGUGUCACUUCGGUUGGGUGCAAUAAAUGUACUUGCAUUAAAGGGUCUUGGAACUGUACACAAAAUGACUGUCAAACCACCUGCCACAUCUACGGGGAAGGUCAUGUUAGAACUUUUGAUGGACGAACUUACAGCUUUGAUGGUCUCUGCCAGUAUUCGUUCCUUGAGCACAGCAUUUAG